AAGGUGCUACAGAUGUGGAUCCUAGGCGGGUAAGAAGCCUAACAAGGUCAAAUUUUGCGCCAUAUAAAUUAACCAUUUCAAAACUGAAGCUUUCUCUCCUCAAAAUGGCGUCGUUUUUACUCCGUCGCGCUUCCUGUAGCGCCACCAGGAUCCUGUCGUCCGCACUCUCUCUGCCAACCGCCACCGUAAUCCCCAAAUCGAACCCUAGCCCUAAUUUUAUCUAUCACCACUAUGUACUUCACCAUUUCGCUCAGUUUUCCCGCCAAAAUAAAAUUCCUAGCCCUUAUUUAACCUUCAUCAAGGAAAUCUCCACUAUUCCAAGCACAAAAGAAGAGAAAGAACAGAAGCGAAACAAUGGAGAGUUGCCAAAAAGAGGAGAGAAGUCUUGGAUUGAUGUCUAUUUGCCUAGACAAGUCAGGCCUUAUGCACAUUUAGCUAGGCUUGAUAAGCCCAUUGGGACCUGGCUUCUUGCUUGGCCUUGUAUGUGGUCAAUCUCAUUGGCAGCAGAACCUGGAAGUGUACCUAACUUUAAGAUGAUGGCGUUAUUUGGUUGUGGGGCUUUGCUUUUAAGAGGAGCUGGGUGUACUAUAAAUGAUUUGCUAGAUAGAGAUAUUGAUACGAAGGUCGAAAGGACAAAGCUAAGGCCAGUUGCCAGUGGUCUUUUGACGCCAUUUCGAGGGCUUUGUUUUCUUGGUUUUCAAUUGUUUUUGGGUCUUGGGAUUCUUCUUCAACUGAAUAAUUAUAGCCGUAUUUUGGGAGGUUCAUCCUUGUUGCUAGUCUUCUCAUAUCCCCUUAUGAAGAGAUUUACAUUUUGGCCUCAAGCAUAUCUUGGUUUAACAUUCAAUUGGGGAGCUUUACUGGGUUGGUCUGCAGUUAAGGGGAGUCUGGAUCCAGCUAUUGUGGUACCACUAUAUGCUAGUGGAGUAUUGUGGACCCUGGUGUAUGAUACAGUAUAUGCUCAUCAGGAUAAGGAAGAUGAUCUUAAAGUGGGUGUUAAAUCGACGGCCUUGAGAUUUGGGGAUUCAACAAAGGAGUGGAUCACUGGGUUUGGAACUGCAUGCAUUAGUAGUCUUGCCCUCUGUGGAUUCAAUGCGGAUAUUGGGUGGUCAUUUUAUGCAUUUCUGGCAGCUGCUUCGGGUCAAUUAGCUUGGCAAAUAUGGACGGUUGACCUAUCAUGCCGGGCUGAUUGCAAUAGAAAAUUUGUGUCAAACAAAUGGUUUGGUGCCAUUGUUUUUAGUGGCAUUUUAUUUGGUAGACUUUGGUCAUAGAGGUAUUGUCACUUUUCAGUAAAGCUGACAACAUAAUGUGGUUCUGAAUUUGACCCUCUUAGGGUGUUCUUGCUUGACAUCAUCUUGAUGAUAAGGCAAACUCAUAAAAGAUGUGCCUUUUGUGGCUGCUUGCAGGUUUAUUAGUUUCCUCCACAAUGUUUUGAAUCUUGAUGCUUAUACCAUCUCACGCUGAUGAACUGCAGGACAGCUUUUGUUGCUUACAUCUAGGAACUGAGCAAUAUGGCAGCGCUAGAAGUCAGAGGGGUGGGUUUAGAUCCAUUUUGUUCAUUUGGUUUAUAAAAACCAUUAGGUAGGCAUUCUUUGUUUUUAAUUCAUUUUCACUAUUUGAGAUUCAGUAUUAUAGUUAGAACGAGACAAAUACAUACAGCAUUCUCUUUGGCCAGAAAUGUUGUAAGCAUCUCAACUUAUUUUUGUUCGAAUAUGUUGAUAUUGAAGAGAAAAGCCUUAAGAGUUAUUAUUAUUCAUCGGGCUUCUGGUUCA